AGGGCCACGGACGCCGGUCGUGCUCCAUCCCCGCCGCGAUGUCGUCCUGGCUCGGUGGCCUCGGCUCCGGCUUGGGCCAGUCUCUGGGUCAGGUGGGGGGCAGUCUGGCUUCCCUCACUGGCCAGAUCUCCAACUUCACGAAGGAUAUGCUGAUGGAGGGCGCGGAGGAGGUGGAAGCAGAUUUGCCUAAUUCUGGGAGAAAAGAAAUUGAAGCUAUUCAUUCAAUCUUAAGAUCAGAGAAUGAAAGACUUAAAAAACUUUGCACUGACCUAGAAGAAAAGCAUGAAGCUUCAGAACUUCAAAUAAAGCAGCAGUCUAUGAGUUACCGAAGCCAGCUGCAGCAGAAAGAGGUAGAAAUCAGCCACCUUAAAGCAAGACAGAUUGCACUACAGGAUGAAUUGCUGAAACUGCAGUCAGCUGCUCAGUCAGUGCAGUCAGGACCUGGCAGUGUACCAGCAACCACUGUGUCAUCUUCAUUUGGUUAUGGGAUUGGUCAUCAUGCGUCAGCUUUCCAUGAAGAUGACAUGGACUUUGGUGACAUAAUUUCAUCACAACAAGAAAUCAACAGAUUGUCAAAUGAAGUUUCAAGACUUGAAUCUGAAGUUGGCCAUUGGAGGCAUAUUGCUCAGGCACGGGGAAUACAGAGCUCUGAUCAAACAGAAAUCUGCAAACUGCAAAAUAUUAUUAAGGAACUUCAGCAGAACCGAAGUCAAGAAAUUGAUGACCAUCAGCAUGAAAUGUCAGUAUUGCAGAACACACAUCAGCAGAAACUCACAGAGAUAAGUCGCAGGCAUCGAGAGGAAUUAAGUGACUAUGAAGAACGAAUUGAAGAACUGGAAAAUCUGUUACAGCAAGGUGGCUCAGGAGUUACAGGAACUGAUCACUCUAAAAUGUAUGAGAUGCAAAAAACUAUUCAGGCUCUACAGACUGAAAAAGUAGAAUCUACCAAAAAAAUUGAAGAACUUGAAGAUAAAAUAAAAGAGAUAUAUGAGCAGUUAUCUUCUGCAGACAGUGACAGAGAUAUCUUGAGGAGAGAACACGAAGCGCUCCAUGUGGAAAAGAGACAAACACCCGAAGAGUGUGAUCGACUGCAGGCUUCUGCUGUGAGACAUAGUGACACUGUGAUGGAGGAAGGGAGAGUUCUUCCACAGAAUUCCUCAGUGGAAGAAGUGUUCAGAUUACAGCAGGCUUUGACUGAUGCUGAAAAUGAAAUAAUGAGACUAAGCAGUUUAAACCAGGAUAACAAUCUUGCUGAAGACAAUCAGAAACUUCAAAUGCGUGUCCAAGUUUUAGAAAAAGAGAAGUCAUCACUUAGUCAAGAAAAGGAAGAACUUCAGAUGUCACUUUCCAAAUUGAGCAAUGAAUAUGAAGUCAUUAAAAGUUCAGCUGCAAGAGAUAUGGAUUUGGAUUCUGAAGUACGUGACUUGAAACUUAACUUGGAAGCAAAGGAACAAGAACUAAAUCAGAGUAUUAGUGAAAAGGAAAUGCUAAUGGCUGAGUUAGAAGAACUGGACAGACAGAACCAAGACGCUACGGAGCACGUGAUUUUGAUAAAAGAUCAACUAUCAAAACAACAAAGUGAAGGAGAUAGCAUUAUCCGGAAACUGAGAGAAGAUCUAGAUAAUGAAAAAAAGAGAGUCCAUCAGCUGGAAGAUGAUAAAGAGAGCAUUGCCAAAGAGUUAGACAUGCAGAAAGAAAAGUUAACUCAUAGUGAACUGGUCCUAAGUGAUUUGCAUUUUACCAAGCAGAAGCUUGAAGAUAAAGUAGAAGAUUUAGUAGAUCAGCUAAGUAAGUCACAGAGAAAUAAUGUCACCAUCCAGAAGGAGAACCUUGAACUGAAGGAGCUCAUCAGACAGAAUGAAGAGGCGUUGGCUGCAGUCAGGAAUGAGCUAACUCAGUCUCAAGACCCUAGCAGUAAUUUGAAGGAUGACUUACUUAAAGAAAGGGAAACUGAAGUUAGAAACUUAAAGCAAAAUCUUUCAGAACUAGAACAGGUCAAUGAAAACUUAAAGCAAGUUGCUUUUGAUCUCAAAAUGGAAAAUGAAAAGUUGGUUGUAGUGUGUGAAGAAGUAAGACAUCAGUUAGAAGAAUCCAUUGCUGGUAGCAAUCAGAUUUCUUUAGAGAAAAACACUAUGGUAGAGACUCUGCAAAGGGAAAAAGGACAGAUAGAAGCCGAACUAUGUCGUACUGAGAAGAGGCUAUUGGAGGAAGCAAAGCAGUAUAAGAAAACCAUCGAGGAACUGUCCAGUGUACGCAGUUUGAAUACCUCUGCCUUACAGCUGGAACAUGAGCACUUAAUUAAACUCAAUCAAGAAAAAGACUUUGAAAUAGCAGGACUCAAAAAGAAUAUUGAGCAGAUGGAUUCUGAUCACAAACAAACAAAGGAAAAUUUGUCAUCUAGUUUAGAAGAGCAGAAACAAUUGACACAGCUCAUAAAUGAGAAAGAAAUAUGUAUCGAAAAACUUAAAGAAAAAAGUUCAGAGCUGCAGGAGGAAUUAGACACAUGUGCUCAGGCAAUUAGAAAAAAUGAGACUUUACGGCAGACUGUAGAGGAAAAGGACAGAAAUCUUGGGUCCAUGAAAGAAGAGAACAAUCACCUUCGGGAAGAGCUGGAACGGCUCAGGGAACAGCAGAGCCGAGCUGCACUUGCAGCUGAGCCGAAAGCUCCGGACAGUGUCACGGAACUAGAAUGUGAGGUGUCUCAGUUGAACAUAAUCAAAGAUCAUCUGGAAGAGGAAAUUAAACAUCAUCAAAAGACCAUUGAAGAUCAAAACCAGAGUAAGAUGCAGCUGCUUCAGUCUUUAGAGGAGCAGAAAAAGGAAAUGGAUGAGUUUAAACAUGAGCACGAGCAGAUGAGUGUCACGCAUACUCGGCUCUUCUUAGAAAAAGAUGAGGAGAUUAAGAACUUGCAAAGAACAAUUGAACAAAUAAAGGCCCAGUUGCACAAAGAAAGACAGGACAUUCAGACAGAGAAUUCUAAUAUUUUUCAAGAAACAAAAGUUCAGAGCCUUAGUAUAGAAAAUGGAAGUGAAAAGCAUGAUUUAUCUAAAGCUGAAACUGAAAGGUUGGUGAAAGGCAUAAAAGAACGAGAGCUGGAGAUUAAACUUCUAAAUGAGAAGAAUAUAUCUUUAACUCAGCAAAUUGAUCAGCUGUCCAAAGAUGAGGUUGGUAAGCUCACCCAGAUUAUCCAGCAGAAAGACUUGGAGAUACAGGCUCUGCACGCUAGGAUUUCUUCAGCUUCAUAUACUCAGGAUACUGUUUAUCUGCAACAGCAAGUGCAUGACUAUGCUGUGGAAAGAGAAAGACUAAUAGUUAUUUUGAAUGAGAAAACAAGGGAAAAUAGCCGUCUGAAAACAGAGUAUCACAAAGUGAUGGAUAUAAUUAGUGCCAAAGAAGCAGCCCUCAUUAAGCUGCAAGAUGAGAAUAAAACAUUGUUCAAUAGAUUUGAAAGCAGUGGCCAAGAUAUGUUUAGAGAAACUAUUCAGAAUUUAUCACGCAUCAUCCGAGAAAGAGACAUUGAAAUAGAUGCCUUAAGUCAGAAAUGUCAGACUCUACUGGCAGUUCUACAAACUUCUGGCAUGGGUAGCGAGGUUGGAGGUGUUAAUAGUAACCAGUUCGAGGAGCUUUUACAGGAACGUGAUAAAUUAAAACAGCAAGUAAAGAAAAUGGAAGAGUGGAAACAGCAGGUGAUGACCACGGUCCAAAAUAUGCAGCACGAGUCAGCCCAGCUGCAGGAGGAGCUUCAUCAACUUCAGGCACAAGUUUUGGUUGACAGUGAUAACAACUCUAAAUUACAAGUGGACUACACUGGCCUGAUCCAAAGUUACGAACAGAAUGAAACCAAACUCAAAAAUUUUGGGCAGGAAUUAGCACAAGUUCAGCACAGCAUAGGGCAGCUUUGCAAUACCAAGGACCUUCUUCUAGGAAAACUUGAUAUUAUGUCCCCCCAGCUCUCCUCUGGCUUGUCAGUUACCUCUCGGUCAGCAGAGUCUCUUGGAGUGAGUGAGUCCGCUGGGUCACAGCUGGAUCCUGUUGCUUCUCAAUUGCUUCAGCAAGAGGUAGAUGACCUAAGAAAAUCACUGCAGGAAAAAGAUGCAUCAAUUAGAACUCUCCAGGAAAAUAAUCACAGGUUGUCGGAUUCCAUUGCUGCUUCCUCAGAGAUAGAAAGAAAAAAACAUGAACAAACGGAUUCAGAAAUUAAGCAGCUAAAGGAGAAACAAGAGGUUUUACAGAACUUACUUAAGGAAAAAGACCUCUUAAUCAAAGCCAAAAGUGAUCAGUUACAUUCAUCAAAUGAAAAUUUCACUAACAAAGUGAAUGAAAAUGAGCUUUUGAGGCAGGCAGUGACAAAUCUGAAGGAGAGAAUACUGAUUUUAGAAAUGGACAUUUCUAAACUAAAGGGGGAAAAUGAAAAAAUAGUAGAAAUAUCCAGGGGAAAGGAGACAGAAUACCAGGCAUUACAAGAGACCAACAUGAAGUUUUCUAUGAUGUUACGAGAAAAAGAGUUUGAAUUCCAUUCCAUGAAAGAGAAGGCACUUGCUUUUGAGCAACUGUUGAAAGAAAAAGAGCAGGGCAAAGCUGGGGAGUUAAAUCAACUUUUAAAUACAGUUAAAUCAAUGCAGGAGAAGACAGUUACAUUUCAACAGGAGAGAGACCAAGUUAUGUUGGCCUUGAAACAGAAGCAGAUGGAAACUGGUGCUCUACAGAAUGAGGUUCAACACUUACGUGACAAAGAAACCCGGUUAAACCAGGAGCUAGAGAGAUUGCGAAACCACCUUUUAGAAUCAGAAGAGUCUCAUACCCGGGAAAUUUUGGCUAUAGAAGAGAGAGAGACUAAGCUGAAAAAGAAAGUCACAGUGUUGGAGGAAAAGCUAAAGUCAUCCUCCAGUGCGAUGGAGAACGCAAGUCAUCAAGCCAAUGUGCAAGUGGAAUCUUUGCAAGAACAGUUGAACAUGGUCUCCAAGCAGAGGGAUGAAACUGCACUCCAGCUUUCUGUAUCUCAGGAACAAGUAAAACAGUAUGCUCUGUCAUUAGCCAACCUACAGAUGGUUCUAGAACACUUCCAACAAGAGGAAAAAGCUAUGUAUUCUGCUGAAUUAGAAAAGCAAAAACAGCUUAUAGCUGAAUGGAAGAAAAAGGCAGAGAAUCUGGAAGGAAAAGUGUUGUCAUUGCAGGAGCGUUUGGAUGAAGCAAAUGUGGCAUUGGAUUCAGCAUCAAGACUUACAGAACAGUUAGAUCUAAAAGAAGAACAGAUUGAAGAACUUAAAAAACAAAAUGAGCUCCGACAAGAAAUGUUGGACGAUGCACAAAAGAAACUGAUGAACUUAGUAAACAGCACAGAAGGAAAAGUGGACAAAGUCCUCAUGAGAAACCUCUUCAUUGGUCAUUUCCACACGCCAAAAAAUCAGCGUCAUGAAGUGCUACGACUAAUGGGAAGCAUCCUGGGUGUUAAAAGGGAGGAAAUGGAGCAGCUGUUUAAUGAAGAUCAAGGAGGUGUUGCUAGGUGGAUGACGGGGUGGCUUGGAGGAGGAUCAAAAAGUGUGCCCAGUACACCUCUGAGGCCAAAUCAGCAGUCUGUGCUCAAUAGUUCUUUUUCAGAACUUUUUGUUAAAUUUCUUGAAACAGAAUCUCAUCCAUCUGUUCCACCACCAAAGCUAUCUGUUCGUGACUUGAAGCCUCUAGAUUCACCAGGAAGAAGAAAACUUGAUACAAAUACACCAGAUACAGCAGAAUCCAGAACUGGAAGAAGAGCAGAUGUGAAUUCAUUCUUGGCUCCCCGCUCUGCAGCUGUGCCUCUGAUUAAGCCAGCUGGACUUGGACCUGGUGGGCCUGGGCAUCUUCUUUUGAAGCCCAUCUCAGAUGUUCUGCCCACAUUUACACCUUUACCAGUAUCACCUGACAACAGUGCUGGUGUUGUACUAAAAGACCUUCUAAAGCAAUAGGUAAUUCUCAAGCCAGAGACUAUAGCACUUUAAGGAAACCAUGAACACUAUAUUAUAUAACUUAUCACAAAGUGGCCUUUUGGAAGAAGUCAUGUAUUUGUUUGUAGUUGUAAUUUUUCUGUUAAUAAAAACAUUCUCAAUGCUUUUAGAAGUUGCAGGUGUCAGAAGAACAAUUAUCUGCUAUGUAAUCUGCUUUUUUUCCUUUUCUGGUUUUACCUAAUUUAAAACUAGAAACAUUUGGUUUACUUUUUAAUUUACAAAAUUUAAAAAAGGAAAGACUAGUAACUGUGUAUAUAAUCUCAGUCUUUUAUUUCCUUCUCUGAUUUCAAGCUCAAUUUAAGACAGAGGGAUGUGGUCUAUCUUUUGAAAGAUAAGAGAUUUACUCCCAAAAAAAGGCCUGAUAAAGGCUUCCCUGAAUAGAGCAGAAAAUUGGUCUGAAGUGUGCAUUAUCGUCCUUCAAGGACCUUGUAUAAGGAGGCUGAUAGGUGCCCUGAGAUCAAAUAUAUAUUUGGUUCUAUGCAAUUUUAUCUUGUGUGUAGAUGCAUCUGACCACCAUAGUCAAUACACGACUCUUCCAUGCUAAGAACCCCUUGAGCUGCACUUUCCUAACCACAACCACCUUUGCUGUCUCCCGCCUUAGUCCCAGGCAACUGCUAACUGUCACCCUCUCUGGUUGUUCCUCCACGAAUGCUGUAUAAAUGGAAGCACACAUUGUGUGACCUAUUGAGAUGGGUGUUUUCACUUAGCAUAAUUCCUUUGAGAUCCAUCCAAGUUGUUUUGUGGAUCAGUAAUCUGUUCCUUUUUAUUGUCCAGUACAUGCUGUAACUAAAUGGUAUCAUUUAGCUUUAAGAGCUGAGCUGCCCCUUUAAAGGAUCAUCUAAAACUAAAGGUUUCCUCCACGGAUACACAGAACUCUCCUUCAUGUGUUCAUUGUACAGCUGCAUCCACAUAAACUGAAAUUAGCAAUAUCAUUAGACGUGCCCCCUCCUGCCUCUGUCUGAGGUGUGGCUACCUGAGGUGCAGGGAUUCAUGGUUAUCUGUCCUCACCAAGUCACUGCAGUGACAUCACCUCAACAGCACCAGCACCAGGUGUUUGGAAUUUGAAGAGAGUCUUUCUUUACUUUUUUACAAACCCAUUAUAAAAGAAAAAAUCCUGACUUGCAGCCUAAUUGUAUCAAGACGCUCAUAUUUGUACUGGUUGUUGGCAUUGUACAUUUAAAAGUCAUUUCUUGCAGAUUUUGUAAAUUUAGAUAAGCCUUUAAAACAGAAACAUUUGUAUAGCAAGGAAAGGUGAAAACGAGACUAAUCCAAAUUGUAAAUAGGCCCAGCUCUGGGUAGAGCUAAAUUGGGUUGUUUGUAAAUUUGCCUGUGAUGAAGUGUAUAUUUCUAAUAUAUUUAGAAGACUGGAAGUUUUAAUGAUGUGUUGAUAGUUAUAAAUUUUUUUCUGAAAAAUUAAGUAACCAAGAUAAUGCUGCUUCCUUAUGCCACCUGUCUCCUUAACUAACUUAUUUAUAGUGCCCUUCUUUGGUACAUUUUAGAGAAUAUUACCAUAGAAGUUCUCAUUAGAAAUGUCAAGCUGCCUCCUCCCAGUUUUUCCCUUUAUGAUUUCUCUCUGGCAUUACAGAUGCUCUUCCACUUACAGUGGACUUACAGCUGAAUAAAUCCAUUCUGAAUUAAAAACAUCUUGAAUUCAAAAUGCAUUUGUCACACCCAAACUAUCAGCCGCCCUGGCUUAGCAACACAGCAGCUGUGGAGAUCUGGGUUCCUCUGCUGAGCGCAUCCCUACAACCCCCAUUGUUGCCCAGCGUUAGGAAAAGGGGAAUUCUAAACUUAAGCACCAUUUCUGCCUGACAUGCGUCAGCUCGGCACCACGUAAAAGGGAAACGGCCGUCGUAAGCUGAGGAUCAUCUGUAUUACUAUAGAUUUUUAUAUGCUCCUUAAAAAGAUAUUUUCACUGACUAUCCUAGAUUAUUUGCUGUAUAGAGCAUUUUAGUAUAGAGCAACUGAAAGGCUAGUUUCUAAGCUAAAAAUAAAGAUAUAUGGGCCUUUUUCUUUUUUUCUUAAGAAAUAGGUGUAAAAUGUUUUAUUUUUAGGAGUUGCAUGGUGGAUAUUUAAGCAUUGUGUUUCAUAGUUGAAAUACCUUUUAUGACAUUUGGAGUAUUUCCUUUCCUGACCAAAACUGCCUGUUCCCCCUCACCCCUUUGCUUAACCUUGGUUUGAAAGCUGUCAUGUGUGGACUACACAUCCAGGCUUCACAGAGCAUGAUAUAACAAUGCUGCCAUUGAAGCCAUGACCUUGUCUGAAAGCUGUAGUACCUGAUGUUUCUGUUGUUUGCAUGCUAAGUGGCGUUGAUCCUGACCAGACAUAACUCAUCAACUUCUGAAACUAAGUUGUGUCAGAGAUGAACCAUCUGCUCAAGGAUGCUUAGUAAAGAGAGCGAUGAGGCACAUGAUGUCGGUGUUAGUGGCAGGACACUGGGUGUUGUAACUACAGCAGCUUCACUGUUUAUAGCUCUGUGAACUCAGUAGAAUUUGUGCUUGAAUUUUGCCUCAGCGGCCACGAUUUUUCACAACAGUCUCAAUGGUUUUCAACUUCAGUUAAAUAUACUGUAGUAGAAAAUUUACCCUGCCAUCAAAGUUGAUUUUAGUAUAAUAUGCUAUCGUGUGGUUUUGUGAAUUUUAGUACCUAACAUUCUUGUUUGCUUCUUUUUAUUAAAGUGGGGGAAAAACCGAAAUACCUAGGCAAAAAGAAGUGGCUUUCUUAGAGCUGGUCAGUUAGAACAUCAGAUGUCGCCAGAAGAGCCUUCAAUUUCUUUCAGCCUUCCAGUGGGUCCCAGGGGCAGAAAGACUAUAAAAUACUUAUUAGCCCAUCAGUAACUGGGAGGGGGUGCAUGAGGAUGUGGGCACAGGUGAGCUGUGUAGAAGGUGCCAGGUGCACCAGCCCUGACAGUGUCUGGUUUCACAUAUCAAAGCAUUUAAAACAUUGUCCAUCAACAAAAAUUUAUCUUUAAUUUUGUAAAUAUCAGGUAAGUUAGGUUUUACACACACACACACACGCACACACACACACACACACACACGGAAAAAUAAUGAUCAUUUUAAUGUCCUGACAUUUGUGAUUAUUUUCCAGUCUUUAUAUUUUAACUUAUUAUGAUUUCAUUAUUUAAAUUUGAAAAUUUGUUUUUUGGUUUAUAGAGAAAUAACUAAAUGUGAGAAAUUUCCAACCCCACUUUAAGAUUCAGUUGUGUUUUAUAGCGCAAAAGUCAAUGCAUUUUUUAAUUUCUCAGGAACACUGCAAGGCAAAAAAAAUUUUUAAUACUCCAAAUAAAAAUGAUGUAUGUAAGUUGGCCAUGUCUUUAUCCACAAUAAAAACCUUUUUUCAGCAAACA